AGUUGUUUUGAAUUUUGUAGUAGCCUCCCUUCUCACCAGAUGUCUAUUUUCUUACUCUUUCCAUUUUCAGAAAAGAGAAAAAAGUCGCAGAUUAUCAAUUUAAUAAAGUCAUCCUCAAAGAAUAAAAUAACAUCCAAACAAAAGUUUGAACGAAAAGAAAAAUUAAGGAUGCUGAACAUCAGUAACAACAAAGUGAAAACUGAAAAAUUGUCCCUAAUGGGAAAUCAACAUAAUGUGACACCACCCAAUUUUGUUUAUAGAAAUCCAAAGAUUCAUAAAAAGUUCCAAGCAACUAAUUUGCAUGGGAUAUCUCCUUUCCCUGUAGGACCAAUUUCAUCAAUCACAGUGCCCGAACUAAUGAUCCCUGCUUUCAAUGCCACAAUUUGUAGAAAUGCUAGUCAAGCUACAUCAACAGUUCAUUCAUCAUUCCCAAAUGGAGGGGACGAAAUAGAACAAAUUUCUAGUAAUGCAAAAGAUGGACUUUGCAUUGCUACUCCCAGAAAGAGAAAGAUAGAUGCUACCCUUACUUCUGGUCUAAAAGCCAUUAAUCAUGCUUCUACUGACAAGGUCAUUGAAGCUUCAAAAAUUACAAAUAUAAGUACUGAUCAGAGAUCUUCAACAUCAUUGGCCAGCAAGCCAAGUGUCAGCACCAUUGGUGAUGGAAGAAAUUUAACACCUGAAUUCAAGAAAGAGAGAAGUCAAAACUUGAAUGCAACUUCUGGUUCCCUUCGUGCCCUAAAGUAUCUCUCACAAGCAAUGCAACAAAUGACUCCAAGACAAGAGUCAGAAGCAUCUUUAAACUUUGGACAAAGAGGAGUUCAAGCUGUAUUUGAAAAUGAAAAAUCCUCUUCAAUUCCAAAAGCUCUAUAUAAUUUUGAUAAUAAGAGCAAACAAACAAACGUUUGGGACAUUUUCAAUUGAAUAAGUUAUUACUCUUUUCUAGACCCAAUGCCUGAUUCUUAUGAUUCACAGAACUAAGCAAUGCAUUUUCAUGAAAACUUUAAGCACUAGAGCACUGUAGUGUGUCAAUUGUAAUAUAUCAUGUCCAAACAUAGAUCUCCCUAAGGAUCUAAUAGUAAACAACAAAAUAUUGAAAACAUCAAUGAAGUUUGGGCAGUUCUUUGUAAUUCUAAAUACUAAUAGAACUGCCGUGUUUUUUUGAUUUUUAAUUAAGGUCAUUUUCCUGUGUUUAUGUUCCCAUUUUUUUCUUGAGAAAAUUGUAUGUUAUGAUAUAAUAAAUCAAGAUCUAAUUCUGAAGUAUUAUAUUUUAUAGUUUUGAUAUCAGUGAUAAGAAUAUAUAAGACUAUUAUCAUAAACUGAAUAGCAGUUUAUGCUCUUGUAAUUAUGAGUAAUUUUUAUCUUUUCAUAAAUUUAUGUAAAAUGAUACUAAAAAACAAAAAAAAAAUUGAAGUUAGUAGGAUAUUUAAAAUCAUCAGAAAAAGAAUCACAAAGUUGCUAUGUCAUUUAUGAUGCUUUUCCUGGGUGCAAAUAAUUUACAUUCAGAUUAGCCUUGUAUUAACAGAAUUGAAUUUUCAUAUUCUCAGUACAUUCAAAAGGAUAAAUGUUCAUAGAUACUGGCAUAAUAGGAAAUACAUUUUUUGAUUAAGCAACAAUUCUAAUUUACACCCAUAUUUUUUUCAAGAAGCCAAACUGUGAAAUCAGUCUUUAUUCAUAACAUGGAACUUUUGGAUUUUUCACUAACAUUCAAUUUAAUGGUUGCAAAUAAUAUAAUCUGAUAUCAUGAAAAUAUGGUAAAAUAUUUAUGUACAUUAUAUAAAAUAAAAGCCUGUAUUAAAACAAUAAAGAAUGUUGU